AUGCACGACCCCGUCGCCUCAGCAAAAGCCCAAGAAGCAACCCACCAAUACACCUUCCGCCCCGCAACCCCCGCCGACAUACCCUCCCUGCAAUCCAUGAUCGCAUCCUCACUCCGCAGCCUGGGAAAAGGGUACUACACAGACGCCGAACUCGACGGCUCAAUAGGCUACCUCUUCGGUCCAGAUUCCGUUCUCAUAAAAGACCAAACAUACUACAUCCUCCACCCCCUCAACGCACCCCUCACAAUCUGUGCCUGCGGCGGCUGGUCCUUCCGCAAAACACUGUACGGCGGAGACUCCGCGCCCUCUCCCCUGCGCAUGCCAGAGAAACGCGAUCCAGCCGUUGACCGCGCGAGCAUACGAGCAAUCUUCACGAGUCCGCAGUAUGCGCGCAAAGGCCUGGUUGUAUGA